AUGAAGCUGCGUCUCCCCCAGCCGGUUGUGGUAGAGGAGCCAGACGAGGCUGAAGGGCUCCCGGACUUGCAGAGAGAGAUGCCACCACCCCCACCUCCUUCACGGCUCCCAGAGCCAUCUCAGAAACCACCACCUCGAGUCACCUGGAGCGACUCCGUCAUUCUCUGGAGCAGCCUGUGCCUGUUUGCUGUUUCACAUUUCCUGCUUGCUUUUGGCGUGCUCUGGUACAGCGGCCUCGGCCACAUCUGGUUGAAGAAUGCCGCAGGCUUCAUCUCCUCCUUCUUCACAUUCAUGGAACAUCUGGUCCUAGGACCCACGGCCUGGCUGGGUGUUGGGACCUGGGAAGCCCCCAAUCUGCUACUGGUCUCUCUGUCUGUAGCCCUGGUCCUGGUUACCACCCUGGCAUGGCACCUCCUGAGGGCUCUCACAGAGCCACCCAUCCCGCUACCCCAUGAGGACAGGCGCCAGUCGGUGAGCCGCCAGCCUUCCUUCACCUACUCAGAGUGGAUGGAGGAGAAGGUCGAGGAUGACUUCCUGGACCUGGACCCCGUCCCCGAGACACCUGUGUUUGACUGCGUGAUGGACAUCAAGCCUGAGGCCGACCCCGCCUCGCUGACCGUCAAGUCCAUGGGUCUGCAGGAGAGGAGGGGCUCUAACGUCUCCCUGACCCUGGAUAUGUGCACUCCGGGCUGCAACGAGGAGGGCUUUGGCUACAUCAUGUCCCCCCGUGAGGAGUCCGCCCGCGAGUACCUGCUCAGCGCCUCCCGCGUCCUCCAAGCCAAGGAGCUUCACGAAAAGGCCCUGGACCCCUUCCUGCUGCAGGCAGAAUUCUUUGAAAUCCCCAUGAACUUUGUGGAUCCAAAAGAAUAUGACAUCCCUGGGCUGGUGCGGAAGAACCGAUACAAAACCAUCCUUCCCAACCCUCACAGCAGAGUGUGUCUGACUUCGCCAGACCCCGAUGACCCCCUGAUUUCCUACAUCAAUGCCAACUACAUCCGGGGCUACGGUGGGGAGGAGAAGGUGUACAUCGCCACUCAGGGACCCAUCGUCAGCACGGUCGGCGACUUCUGGCGCAUGGUGUGGCAGGAGCACACACCCAUCAUCGUCAUGAUCACCAACAUUGAGGAGAUGAACGAGAAGUGCACGGAGUACUGGCCAGAAGAGCAGGUGGUGUACGAUGGUGUCGAGAUCACUGUGCGGAAGGUCAUUCACACUGAGGAUUACCGGCUGCGACUCAUCUCCCUCAGGAGUGGGAUGGAAGAGCGAGGCCUGAAACAUUACUGGUUCACAUCCUGGCCCGACCAGAAGACCCCAGACCAUGCCCCCCCACUCCUGCACCUGGUACAGGAGGUGGAGGAGGCAGCCCAGCAGGAGGGGCCCCACUGCGCCCCCAUCAUUGUCCACUGCAGUGCAGGGAUUGGGAGGACUGGCUGCUUCAUUGCCACCAGCAUCUGCUGUCAGCAGCUGCGGCAGGAGGGCGUGGUGGACAUCCUGAAGACCACGUGCCAGCUCCGCCAGGACAGGGGCGGCAUGAUCCAGACGUGCGAGCAGUACCAGUUUGUGCACCACGUCAUGAGCCUCUACGAGAAGCAGCUGUCGCGCCAAUCCCAGGAGUGACCACGCUCCCCUCCCAGGUCCUCUGGGCCCCGCCCAGCCUGAGUCUGGGCCCUCCCCCCAGACCCCUACCCCCAGGGCACUGCCUCAGGCCCUGGGCCUGCUCCUUGUCCCUGUCCCCCCCCACCCCCCACCCCCCGCUUCCUUCCUUCUCUCAA